ACCCCAGACAACACACACAAAGAGGAAUGUUUCUCCCCCCGAACCUACCAGCAUGGACUCUUUGGUACUUUAGGAAAUCAUAUACCCAUUUUUGCUUUUACUCAAAGAUUUUGUUUUUCAACCGUUCUACAAAAGAAUGUACCUCAAAUAACAUAUCUCCCGGCUAUAGAAUCGUGACUCCCCAGUGUGCAAGCUCCAAAAUAGGAAAACCCUCCAUUGCUCUCCAGUGUCAGACAACACACCAAACAUUUCAAAAUGGCUGCUCUCAUCACAGAGAACUUCAAGUUUGUCUCGCUCUUCUUCAAGAGCAAGGACGUAAUGAUCUUCAAUGGCUUGAUAGCCCUGGGCACGGUGGCCAGUCAGACCAUGUACAACAUAUUUGCCUUCGACUGCCCGUGCUCCUCCGGGCGGAACUAUCUCUAUGGCCUGGCAGCCAUCGGGGUGCCCGCCCUGGCAUUCUACCUCGUUGGCAUCAUGCUGAAUAAGAGUACCUGGGAUCUGGUGUCUGAGUGCCGCCUCAGGAGGUGCCGGAAACUAUCGGGGGCGGCUGCCUUCGCCGUCCUGGGCACUAUCAUUGGCAGAGCGGCCGUGGCUCCGGUGACGUGGGCUGUCAUCUCACUGUUACGUGGGGAGGCCUAUGUCUGUGCCCUCAGUGAGUUUGUGGACCCUUCAACCUUGGAAGGUUUUCCCUCUGGACAGGGGUUAGAGGUCAUGGCCAGGUUUCCCUGUAAGUCCACGGUCCCACAGGAGAUGCAGGGUUUUUGGGCGGAGAUUGAACGCCGGCUGAAGUACGAGUCUCAGCUGCUAGGGUGGCUGAUGGUGGCGGGGAUGGCAGUGGUUCUGUUCCUCCUGCUGUGCAUGAAGCGCUGCUGCUCUCCCCUGGGCUACCAACAGGAGGCGUACUGGUCCCAGUUCCGCUCCAACGAGCACGACCUCUUCCAGCGCACGGCCGACGUGCACUCCCGUAUCCUGGCUGUUGAGAGUGUUAAGAGCUACUUUGGCUUCGUGGCCCUGGAGAAAGAGGAGAAACAGCAGCUGGAGGAGCACCAGAAUGCCAGCCCCAUCUCUAGUACAGAGUGGAACCGGAUCACUGGGAUCUGCUUGUACAGAGAGAAAAAGGGAUUGCCCCUCUAUAGCCGCCUCAACAAGUGGGCCCAGUACAGUGUGGAGAACAACAUAGACGCCAUGGAGAAAGAGAUGGACACUCUGAGCUGACUGGCACUGGACACCCCAGUGUUCUUCAGCCAUGAUCCUGGGAACCCACUGGGAGUGCAGCCUUUUGUUCCAGCCCAGCACUGACACAUUCAACUAAUUAACUUAAUAGUCAAGUCCUUGAUUAGUUGAAAGAAUCAGGUGUGUAAGCACAGGGCUGGAGCAAAAGUAUGUCCACCUGAUGUGUCCCCAGGACCAGGGUUAAAGAACACUGACCUAGGUAGAUUAGUCUUUUACUUGUAUUAUCCCACAUUUGUAUUUAUUACACCCUUCGGCUAGUGAUGGCACCUGAUAACUAUUGGAAGUAAAUUGGAAUGGACUCAAAAAUGGAUUGAACUAAUGUUCCCAACGUUACACUGUCAUUGUUCCCCAUUUACUUCUGCUCUCUUCCAGUUUUCACAUGGUUGUAAUGGUUGAUAAAGGACGAUAGUCCAAAGUA